GACGUAAUGAUCGUGAUCUUGUUCAAGAACUUAUUCCUGAUGCAAUAAAUAAAUAUAAACAAGAACUAAAACAAAAAGAUCUUAAAAUUACUAUUGAUGAAAAAAAUUUCUUACCUGAUGAUUCAGCUGGUGGUGUAGAACUUUAUGCCAUGGGUGGAAAAAUCAAGGUAUCAAACACGAUUGAAGCUCGACUUUCAAUGAUAUUUAAUCAAAUUCUGCCUGAAAUUCGAGAAAAAUUAUUUGGUGUCAACCUAAACAGAAAAUAUCAUGACUAA